UUUUUAAAACAAGGGGCAGAGAGGCCAUUUAACUAACAAAUGGUAACGAAGGGCAAGAACGUGUCUAGCAUUAGGAUGUUUUUAUUCAUCUCUUUGUUGAAUGUGUAUGUGGGAAGCAUAAAACAACAAACACAAAUAAACAAAUUCCAAGAGCACUUAUUAUUAGUGAUGACACAGUCUCAACUCUCCCCAACAUUGAGAAAUCAGUCAACCAUAAACCAGGAACAAACUCAACUUCACAUCCAAACAAGGGCAUAAGGACGAGCAACCCACUAUCCAUCAGACCUAUAUAAAAAAACACACCCAUUGUAUUCUCUUCAGUCAGAGCCAAGAGCCCCCCAAACCCACUCCUCAAUUCUCUCUCUCUCUCUCUCUCCCCUUUUUCCCUUCUUUUAUUCUCUUCUCUUCAUUCAGCAAAUACAUACACACACUUUUAACUUAAUAAUUUCUAUAAUGGAACUUCAGUUCCAAAAGCAGCAAAGAGAAGGUUUCUCAGGUGCCAAACAGAGCAGCAGCACAUUCAGAAACAGAGGUGGCAACAACAACAAAAGCAAGUUUGUAGGGGUAAGACAAAGGCCUUCUGGGAAAUGGGUAGCAGAGAUCAAGAACACAACUCAGAAGAUAAGAAUGUGGCUUGGCACAUUCGAUACAGCUGAAGAAGCUGCUCGAGCUUAUGAUGAAGCUGCUUGUCUUCUCCGCGGUUCCAAUGCACGAACCAACUUCGUGGUGAAUCACGGUGGUCGACCUGCCAAUGCCAAUUCUCCUGUCUCUUUGAAAAUUAGAAAACUCCUCAACCAGAAGAAAGCUACAAAACAAAGCACCAGCCUCUCUUUCACUCCAACAAACACCACAAAAACCACCAUUGAAACCAAAACUAGUAAUCCUCCUCCUCAUCAUCAUUAUAGUAGUAAUAGUAGCAGUAGUAGUAGAUUUAGUGGUAACAACAGUUAUAGUUACAGCAGCAAUAGCAAUAGUAAUAGUCCUCCUGUCACUGUGUCUUCUCCUAGUGGACUGAGGCAAGAAGAAGUUAACAAGAUGUUUGAUGAUGCAUAUAAACCAGAUUUGAGCAACUGCAUUAAUGGAGGAGGAUUGGAAAUGGUGGGUUGUUGUCAUUUUGAUCACCCAUUGACUACUAGUACUGAAUUUGAUCACAUUCUCUUAGCUGAGGAUGGGUUUGAUGUGCCAAAACGCAUUGGUUUCGUGCAACAUGAGAUUGAUGAGCCACCACGUGAUAUUCCAGAAUUUGAACACAUGAAGGUUGAAAGACAGAUUUCAGCUUCACUUUACGCCAUGAAUGGGGUGAAUGAAUACUGGGAGAAUGUUCAUGAUUCCAGUGAUCCUUUCUGGGAUCUUCCCAUGCUCUCUCAAAUGUUCUGCCCAACUUGAUUGUUUUGUUCCUCUCUCUCUCUCUCUCUCUCUCAAUCAAUUUUGAAUGAGUCCUGCUUAUGAUUUCUUGUAAAUGCAGUAAGUGGGAAUAUUCCCUAAUAUACCAGUGUUGUAGUCUACUGCAUUCUGUGCAUCACCAAGUCCCUUUAAUACUUACUAGCAAAUUAAGUUCUCUUCAUGUGUCAACUCUGAACUCCCCUGUGCAAAUUCAUCUAGCCUUUCUUCUUUUUUCUCUUCUUCUUCAGUAUUAUUGUUUCUUGUUCCAAAUAGAGCUGUAAAAUGAAUCAAACUACUCAUGUUUGGCUUGUUGAAAGCUCAUUCGAGAUUAGUUUGUUAUGUACACAAGUUAAGGUUGAACACAUUUUAAAACUUAUUAAGUUUUUAAGCUUUGCUCAAUUAUUUUAUAUGUACUAUAAAAUUGUAUUAAAAAAAACAAAUUACUUGAGUUUGGCUCAAUCUGAAAUAUAAACAAAUCAAGCUAAACACAUUUUUAAGUCCAUUUAGUUAACAAACCAAAUUUGAAUGACCUUUUGCUCGUUUACAAGCCUAGUUCUAAAGUAUCAUUUUUAACAGAAAUAACUAAUGUUUUAACAGUUUGUUAUAUGUUUUCAAUGUUGAAUUGUUUUAUUGUGUGCGCGUGGGGUGUGAAGUUUAAAAAGAUUAUUUUGCAUGAAAGUACGUGUAAUAAAGGAAUAGUCUUUUAAAACUAUCUUAGCAUGUGUCCCAAGCGCACACAUUAACAAAACCCUUUUAACAUACAAGACAAAAUUGAAAAAGAAAUAAAGCUAUUAUUAUUCUUAGUAAAAUUUAAUAGUCAAUCUUCCUUGUUUUCUCAACCAGUCUCUAAAGUUUAUAUUUUGUUCCACUAGAAUCUUGGAGAGCUAAGCUUCUUUAGGAAGUGAACAACUUGCAAUCUCGAGUAAGAAACCAUGGAAUUAAGGGAACAGUAGUUGAAGAAAAAUACAAACAAAACAAAACAAAAUAAAACAGAACAGACAUGUAUUCCUAGCCAAACUAGGUAUGAUCAACAAGAGAUGCUAGUGUUUGGAUGUUUUUCCUAAUGAAGGAAUAAUUAUACUUGAUGGGGGGUUUUGUAUAAUUAAUUACUCAUUAAAAUUUGUGGGUUUUUAAUAAAUUUGGGGGGCUAAGCUACAACCUAAGGCCCUUAUAAGAAAGUUAGGUAGCAUGUGGCAUCUUCUGAAUUUUUAUCAUUUUAUAUGCAUUUUAUUGCCCCCCACCCACAGCCUCAAACAACGUCAGUCACUUUGACAUGUAAAAGUGUAUAUUGCACUCUUGCCAUGCCAUUACAUUUGCAUUUGCAUCUGCAUCAGCAUCAUCCUCCACUCACUUGUACAUAAUAAAGCGAACUGACUGAAUUGGUAAAUUGAAUGUGCUGUCCUGUCCCCUAUUCUAGUUGCUUCAUUUUGAAUAUUUUCUAUUAUAUACAUUAAUUCUAUCUACAACAAAUUUACUUACCUCUACCUGCCUACCUAAGUUUUAAGGAUAAAAUUGUGGGUCUGUAUUGCAGCAAACAUUUCUGAAUCAUCGACACACUAUCCAUCUAUCUAUCCAUCCAUCUAUCCAUCUAAUAUAUAACUUCAUUGGCAUGCAUUGAAACUUGAAAGACACAGCACUUCCCACUUCCAAACCCCUCGGGACAAAAAAGGAGCUGCAACGGGGUCUCCAUCAUUAUGGUGUAUCUCUCAUCUAUCAAUAAUAUAUGAGAGAAGGAGAUGAACAAGCGAAAAUUCCAAUUUGCAUUUUUCUCCCUUAAUAUAUGAGAGUUAAUCCCCUCCAGAAACCCCCGCCCAAACAAGAAAGAAUGACUAAUACUGCUUGCCAAUCAGGAAUAUAUAUAUAUAUAUAUAUAAUUGUAACUAUGCAACUCUGCACUAUUGAAUACAACCCAACUCGUAGUGUGUACUAACAUUGCACUUUCUGAUGGGGAGCUAAGAAAAUAUAGGCCUCCUGCAACUAUCUGUUUGUUGAACUAACUCAAUUCUCAAACAAAUGUGACAAAAUAAAAAAGAAAAAAAGCAACUUUGCGAUCUAAAGACAUGAUAAAUGGAAAGCACUUAAAAGGAGGAAAAAACAAUAUAAAGGUAACAAAAAGAAAAUCAUCAUACAAAAAGGAAAAUACCCAAUUAUUUCAAAGCACAUAGCACAGAAAACACUUCCCAUCAGAACAUUGCAAACACAAAUUUUAACCACUUCAUAACAUCAAGACA